AUGCAGAACCAUGACCUGAAAUCAGCAUUCAAGACAUUUGCAUAUUACUCGCACGCUGCAUACACAGUUGGGUCUCUGUGGAACUGCAAGGGCAGCUGCGAGACGCCAGAGACACACGGGACCGAGAUCGAGUACAGAUGGCGCAGUCAAGCACCAAUAAGCGUCGGGUAUAUCGGACGCAACUCCAACUCCAAACUCCUGGUAAUAUCAUUCCGGGGCACUAAGGACACCGACGACUGGAUCCAAGAUGCCGAGUUCGUGCAGGACCCCUGGCCACCACACUUCUCAGGCUCUCUCGUACACCAUGGAUUUCUCAGCUCCUAUCUGUCUGUCGCGCACAAUGUCACAUCGGAGAUUACCAGGCUCGCCCAGAUGUACCCUGAUCACCGGAUUGUGUUUACUGGGCACUCGCUCGGCGGCGCUGAAACAGUGAUGUGUGCUGUAGAUUUACUGAACCGGAGACCUGACUUGAAGCCGAGAAUGCACAUCUACACAUACGGGCAGCCGAGAAUCGGCAAUGACGAGUGGGCUAGCAGGGUCGACAAAUUGAAACUGCCGAUUUUCCGGAUGGUAUACGAAUGUGACAUGGUUCCACACAUCCCGUUCCGCUGGCUCAACUAUAAGCAUUUUUCAGAAGAAGUGUGGGUCCGCAAUGGCCAGAUACUGUUUUGCGGCAGGAAUGGGGAGAAUACAAAGUGCUCCGACCUAGUGCCAAUCGGAAACUACAGUAUUCCUGACCACUCGCGUUAUCCAGAAACAGACUGGUUUGGCGAAUCCGAAUACAUUAAGGCGUAUAUCACUCACUAG